AUGGACUCGCGAGAACAGGAAGAACAAAAGAUUAUACUACAAAGCUCCGUCAAUCUUGCCAAUCUUUUCUAUUCUGAUCAAGUUUUUAUGUCUUCGUCUUUGCAAUUAUCAUCUCAAUCCACUUCCUUGCCAUCCACUUCAUCUAAUAAACAUCACCCCGUCACACCUGAAUCAAACGACGAAAAAAUAAGACGUUACCGGGAACGUAAUCGACAAGCGGCAAAAAGAUCACGAGAUCGUAAAAUGGCGCAAUUGAAACAGCUCGAGGAACAAAAAUAUCCAAUUUUGGUAAUUCAUCCGCGUAAAUCGUUGCCAAAGUGA